AUGACAUUUUCAUUCAUCUUCACCACUUUUCGAAUUUUCAAUACUACCCUUAUCACCCAUUACCACACCCUUAAACCCAACAAACCCGAAGCUUGGUUUGUCAAAAUCGUUUCAACGCUCUUUCUUCGCUUCACAAACUCAUCUGACGCUACGUUUUCUGCUUACGUCAGUAACCACUUAACCCCUUCACUUACAUUACAAGUUAUCAAAAAACUAAACAACCCUCAAUUAGGUUUCACUUUUUUCCAGUUCACCAAACAAAGCUUGAACCUUUCUCAUUCAUUUUGGACUUACAAUUUUCUCUUAAGGUCCCUUUGUCAACAACAUCACCACAGUUCAGCAAAACUUGUUUAUGAUUCCAUGAGGUCUGAUGGGUUGUUGCCUGAUAGUAGGUUGUUGGGAUUCUUGGUUUCGUCUUUUGCAUUUGUUCAUAGGUUUGAUGUUUCCAACAAGUUUAUUACUGAUGCUUUGUGUAAUAAGGUUGAUGUAAAUGUUGUUGUUUACAAUAACUUUCUUAACAUUUUGGUUAAAUGUAAUAGGUUAGACGAAGCUGUUAGUUUGUUUAGGGAGUUCGUUAGAUUCGAUUUCGAUGUAGAUAUAUUCACAUUCAAUAUUUUGAUUCGAGGUUUCUGCGUUGCUGGAGAAAUCGACGAGGCUUUUAGAUUUCUGAAUAAUAUGAGAAGCUUUGGUUGUUAUCCUGAUGUUGUUAGUUAUAAUACUCUUAUACAUGGUUUAUGUAGAAUAUAUGAGGUUGAUAGAGCAAGAGAUUUAUUAAGAGAGAUUUGUUUAAGAACCGAGUUUGCUCCUAAUGUUUUGAGUUAUACGAUAGUGAUAUCGGGUUAUUGUAAAUUGAGUAAGAUGAAGGAGGCUUCUUCCGUUUUCGAUGAAAUGGUUACGUCGGGAGCUAAGCCUAGUGUAGCUACUUUUAAUGCAGUUAUAUAUGGAUUUGUUAAGGUAGGUGACAUGGUGUCUGCACUAGGAAUACAUAAGAGGAUGCUCUUUCAUGGUUGUUGUCCUGAUGUUGUUACUUUCACUUUGUUAAUUGAUGGAUAUUGCCGAGUUGGGCAAUUGAACUAUGGUUUGGACGUUUGGAAUGAAAUGAAAGCGAGAAACGUUUCUGCAAAUUUGUAUACUUUCUCUGUUCUUAUUAGUGCUCUGUGCAGGAGCAAUAGACUAGAAGAAGCUCGUGAGCUUCUAAGACUAUUGAAUCAGAGUGACAUUGUUCCACGGCCAUUUAUCUACAAUCCUGUCAUUGAUGGAUAUUGCAAAUCCGGUAAUGUUGAUGAAGCUAAUGCAAUUGUGGUAGAUAUGGAGAACAAAUGUAUACCGGAUAAACUGACGUUUACUAUACUUAUUAUUGGUCAUUGUAUGAAAGGAAGAGCACCAGAAGCAAUUGGUAUCUUUUACAAGAUGUUGGCAACCGGUUGUUCACCAGAUGAAGUUACUAUUAGAACUUUAAGUUCAUGUCUUUUGAAGUCUGGAAUGCCUAGUGAAGCUGCCAGUGUUAAGGAAGCUCUAUUUAAGAAUCAAAGUACAAAUUCAUAUAUGCAGGAGUACUGGUGGUGCUCUGAACGCGCUCUUGACUGGGGUCCUUCCGGUGGUCCAGAUCUCAUUGUUGAUGAUGGUGGUGAUGUCACUCUUUUGAUCCAUGAAGGUCUUAAAGCUGAAAAGCUUUUCGAGAAGGAUGGUACGUUGCCCGAUCCUUCUUCAACUGAUAACGCUGAAAUGCAGAUCGUUUAUACCAUUAUCAGAGAUGGUUUGAAAACCGAUCCAAAACGUUACCACAAGAUGAAGGAUAGAAUUGUUGGUGUUUCCGAAGAAACUACCACCGGUGUUAAGAGGCUUUAUCAGAUGCAAGCCAAUGGUUCUCUUUUGUUCCCUGCUAUCAAUGUCAAUGACUCUGUCACCAAGAGCAAGUUUGACAACUUGUAUGGUUGCCGUCACUCUCUUCCCGAUGGAUUGAUGAGAGCUACUGAUGUGAUGAUUGCCGGAAAGAUUGCUGUUGUAUGUGGUUACGGAGAUGUUGGCAAGGGUUGUGCUGCUGCAUUGAAACAAGGUGGUGCUCGUGUGGUCGUGACUGAGAUCGAUCCAAUCUGUGCACUUCAAGCACUCAUGGAAGGUCUACAAGUUCUGACUCUUGCGGAUGUUGUGUCCGAGGCUGACAUUUUCGUUACCACCACUGGUAACAAAGACAUUAUCAUGGUCAGUGACAUGAAGAAAAUGAAGAACAAUGCCAUUGUCUGCAACAUUGGUCACUUCGACAAUGAAAUCGAUAUGCAUGGUCUCGAGACCUACCCUGGCGUGAAACGUAUUACGAUUAAGCCACAAACUGAUAGAUGGGUUUUCCCUGAAAACAACUCUGGUAUCAUUGUUUUGGCUGAAGGUCGUUUGAUGAACUUGGGAUGUGCUACUGGACAUCCCAGUUUCGUCAUGUCCUGCUCUUUCACUAACCAAGUAAUUGCUCAGAUUGAGCUAUGGAAGGAAAAGACUUCUGGGAAAUAUGAAAAGAAGGUGUAUGUUUUGCCUAAGCACCUUGAUGAGAAGGUGGCUUCUCUUCAUCUUAACCAGCUUGGAGCUAAGCUAACCAAGCUUUCCAAAGAUCAGGCAGAUUACAUCAGUGUGCCUGUUGAGGGUCCAUACAAGCCUGCUCACUACAGGUAUUGA